CCGUAGGGUACAGUGGCGUUAAAAUGGCUGCUCCUGUUGACAACGAUUUGAUUGAAAGCGAUUUGCCGAAAGCUGUACAGCUGCUGAAUAAUCUCACUGAACAGGUGGCCUCGGUGACGGGUCUUGUCCGUGAGCUGCUGACUAAAGUCAAAGAUGGGGCAUUGAAAACGUCGAAGGGUUUGUCUUUCUUGGACCUUCGGUACCACCUGCUGCUCUUCUAUCUCCAGGACCUCACUCACCUGAUCAGCAUCAAGACGGAAGGAGGCAAAAUAAAAGACAGUGAUGCCUUAGACCGAGUGGUCACAAUCAGAACGAUCCUGGAGAAGAUGCGACCUCUAGACCACAAACUGAAGUAUCAGAUUGAUAAACUCGUGCGCACGGCUGUUACCGGCAGUUUAGCUGAAAAUGACCCACUGCAGCUGCGUCCCAAUCCAGAGAAUCUCGUCAGCAAACUCAGUGAAUCUGAGUCUGAAGACGAAACAGAGAACAAGGCAGCUUCAGAAAAGAAAGCAGCCCACUCUAGUGGCAAGAAAUAUAUACCACCAAAGAUUGCCCCAGUGCAUUAUGAUGGUGACAUGACAGAGGCAGACAAGAAGAACGCCAAGCUGGAGCGUCAUCGACAAGCAGCACUCCGAAGUUCUGUGAUCCAGGAGCUGAGGCAGCAGUACAGCGAUGCCCCAGAGGAGAUCAGAGACAAACGGGACUUCCAGAGCGAGCGGGAGAGCCGCGAGGAGCUCCACAGGAAGAACUACGAGGAGUCGAUGAUGGUGCGUCUCAAUGUGCCAAAGCAUCAGAGGAACGCCAAGAAGAGGGGCAUGAUGUCCAUGUCCAACCAGCUGAGCAGUAUAACACACUUUGGUGACAUCACAGCUCUGACCGGUGGCGAGGCAGUGCAGGAUGGGGAUAACCCACGACCCAAGAAAAAGAAGAAACUCAUGAAGAAGAAAACCAAAAGAAAAGCUUUCAAGAAACGCAAGUAGACCUGAGGACAGCAUGACAGAAGAUGUUACCAGCAGCUAAUUGUUAUAAAGUCUCUGUAAACAUUGUAAUAAAGAAACAAUUCCUCAUGACCUGUAUCCUACAGUGAAUACCCCCCC